AUGCCUCCCAAAAAAGCUUCUUCCACCAAAAAGGGCGCUAACCCGCGGAUGGAAACUCCAGUCGUCGACUUCGUGAUGCGUACCCGCAGUGGUGCGCCUAUCAACCAACGCAUGCUUCAGACUAAGACACUACCACCCGCCAAAAAAAUCAAACCUACCCCCUUGCCGAGAGGGAACUCGUUCCUGAACUUCGACGACUACAGCGCCAUCCUUGCCCGGCGCGCGAAAUCCUCCGUUGCUACCACAGAGCCGCGCACUGACACUGAGUCUGACAAGGGCAAUCCUGUAGAUGAUACCAAAAUUCAUGAAUCCUUACCCCCCUCUGAUACUCCAGAGGAUGAAGGCUCUUCCUUCGAUGGCACCCCUUCCUCGGAGAGCAACUACCCGUACCGAAAUCGACAAGCAAGGAGUCGGGCUGAACGCCGUGCAAUGCUUGCUCAGCAUGAUCCUUCCUCUUUGGAAGAGGAGUCUGAUGAAGAUGACGAUGAAUACAAAGAAGAUCAAGAAGCCGACGAAGAAAAAGAAGAAGAAGAAGAAGACGACGACGACGACUUACCUGCGCCUCCAUCAAAGGCGAAGUUGCCCAAGAAGCGCGCGCCUCCAAAAGCUCUCCCCCCGAAUUCAACAGUAACAGAGACUUCCUUGACCACCCAGGUACUCCAGGCUGCCGGGCAUGUGACGACGAAGUCGGUCGAGAAGAGUGCCGUCUCCAGUGCUCUGCCGAAAAGCUCCAUGGCAAUGGAGACUGAUGAUGACGACGACGACCUUCCCGUCACUUCUAGACCUGGGCGGCUGUGCCAGGAAGGCAUAGACGACGCGCAGGAGCUCGGGCGCAAGACGCUUCACACUGCCAAGAUAAUUGGGGACAAAUAUGGAAAAUCUGCACGUACAAUACUCAUCGAGGCCGGGUUGUCUGUGAAACACUCCAGGGCCGAGACCCCAUGGAACAUGCACCAAGGAUGGUACAAAGGAAAAUAUCCUCGAGAAACCGAUGAAGAACUUGUUGAUUGGAGAAAGAGACAGCGCGACCACUACUACAGCCUUCAAGACAGUGACCCUCUGUGGGAUGACAUACAAACCCACUAUGAUUGUCACUUGGGCGGUGCUAAUAACAAUCGAUCGCGUGCCAGUAUCAUUAUGUCUACAAGGGAUGCACUCGCUAAGCGUUUUGCAGCUUAUUCUCGCCUAGAAGGCAUUGAGGUCAUUGGCUGUGUCUUUGAUUCAACUCCUGAUGAGGCGGCCCGACAGGCCUCGGGUUUUGUCGCAGGCUCAUCCACGUUCAUGGAUCUCAUCAAUGAACGCCAAGUGGACGCCCAACUUGCGUUAGAUUGGAUUAUUACUGCAGUGAAGGCAAAAAACUACCAGCUCGCAAUGCCGCGGUUUGGAGGAGCUUAUGAUAUUUUAUUUUCGAAGCCUGGUGAAGCCCCACGGGACCGUUACCGACGUAUCUGGCCGGUCAUGGUGCUUGAGAAACUAGAACAAUUCGGCUAUAAAACGAAGUCCGUCCAGUGGCGGAAGCUACUCGACGUUGCAUACCAGAACAAGUUCCAAUUCGAACUCUGGCCUGACGAAGUUCCCCCGGUUGGCCCGGACUUCAAUUACCACACCCUCAGCGCACAACACCUGAAGUUACUCGUCGUGCCUUACAUCAAGCGCAGGGCUUCGCAAUAUUAUGACGCCGAACUGAAGACGGAAGCUGAGAACUUACUCGAACUUCGGCGCAAGCAAGGACGCAGCGAUAAAACUCUUGAUGAUAUCAUUGACGAGUUGGAUGUCGCUGUGUCCGAGAUUGAUAUUGUUCCUUGGCCGAAAGAUCACAUCGAGCAAUGUGAAAAGGACGACGCUAAAAUGUUUGACAUUCCUUUGGUCACCAGCGCUUCCCACAUCGUUCUCCGGAAACUCGCAGACUCCGAGAAAUUCAAGCAGUCCAUCCCCAGAGGGUUGCUUCAAAAGUACAAGGAAGCAACAUCAAUACGUGGUUCGAAUGUCGGCGCUCCUUCGGGAGGGAGGCAGCUUGGAGAUACUACUCGGGAUCGCCGGUCUCAACAACAGACCUCCGCUGCUUGUGAAUAUUCUAUUGUUCAUGAGGACCACUACACUGCUGAUGCAGAUCAACAACUUGAAUCUGAGGCUGAUAGCUUGGAUGCAUCAGACUCUCGUAUCAGGAAGAAGUCAAAGGUCGUACAUCAUCGUGAUGGUGCGCCGCAUGUUGAAUUGCCACCUCCGCACUUUGUCCUUGCUCAUCCUCGACUUCAACUUCAACCUCGCCCUCGCCCUCGUGCACCUACACCUGACUACGAACCACGUCAGCACUGGGAUGAUGAGGUACAGCAGGUGUCUCCGCAUCAUCUUCAUUCCUAUGGGCAUAAUGUUGCCCAUCAUCAUCGCCAUGAUUUUUCGGCUGCAGGCCCUUCGAGAGUGGUUGCAAGGCCACGUGAGAGAUCCGAUUAUGGCAGGAACACUCCGGCUCCUGGGUAUGAUUCAUAUGAUCGUGAUUUUGUUUACCGUGACUAA